GACGCUGCUACUCUCUGGUCACUUGUCGCCAAUACAACAUUUCUGGCUGUAUACACACUAGAGAAAACAAAAGACAAAGAGAAAGAAAAAGACAGAGAAAAAGAGAAAGAGAAACACCCGAAAGUGACAUUAAUCACACAACUAAUGGAAGCUUAAAAACAUCAAUCAUGCUAAUAGGAAAAUCAUAAACUUGUGAAUUAAAUUAUAAGGAUUUUUUUUUAACGACAUAGCUUAAAGUUGAACGUUGAAAGUGAUUGUUGAAAAAGCAAUAUUAAAUGGCCGUGGUGUUUUGGGGAAAGAAUUGGUGAUCUAACAAACAGAAAAAUUUUGUUUGUUUUGUUUUUCGUAUGAGGAGAACGUCCCUACAACAUCACAUAUAGUUUAGAGCCCCCCCAGGAGGAGUGGUCCUUGGCGCCCUGGUGGUGACUGUGUGGAACAAGAUCGAGACCUCAGCAGUGACUAGGUGGAGGAGGCGUCGAUGUAGCAGAAGAGGUGCAGGACGCAGGGCAGCAGAUCACAGGUGGGGGAGCGACAAUGGGUAGUGGUGAAGUUCCCAGCCUCAUCCCUCCGCCGGUCCCGCCAGCUCGCCCAGGUCUGUUUAUGCCCAUCCCUCCCACCUAUUCUCCUCGAUACCUCACGCCUCUCACUUACGUUAACACCACCUCUGCUGCUGCUGCUGCUGCUACUGUUGCUGCUGGCACCAUAUCUGCUGCUGUUGCUCCUCUCGCUGCUGCUGCUCCUGUUGCGAGAUGUGUUGCUGUUUCUGCUGCCGUUGUUACUGCUCCUGUUGCAAGCGAUGCGGGUACUGGUGGUAGUGGUAACAAUGUGGUGACGAAAGUGGGCAAAACGAGUGAGUGUCUGCCUAUUACGCCCGCCAGCAAGUUCAAACGCUUUAAGUCCUUCCUAAAGUCGACCAGACGAGAUCGCGGCAAGAAGGUUGAGAGGAACAAACGAAGUGAAGGUCCCCGACAGGAGUCAGAAGGGGGGCACAAGGGACAGCGUGCUGGAGGAAGUAAUGCUGCCACACACAAGAUCAAGGCUCAUCCCUUCUGUGACGAGCUGCCGGUGUCAGCAGCAGGAGAGGACAGGCAGAGUCAGCCUGUUCCCUCUCGUAGAUCCUUCAGGCUGGCAGGCCACGUCUCUGACCUCAGCAAUAAACGCAACAUGCUGCCGCUCUGGCUUGAGGAGAACAAUGGCGUGGUGAGACAGGUCGUGUUGAACACCAAAACAAACGAGGAAACUUUACCCGCUAAUAAUGACACUCCCUUUGAAACUCGGUGGGAUUCACUGAGAGGUAAAAAUAAGAUACGUUCCUCAAGUCACUCAGAGAAGAGACCACCGGGAUGGGAAGACGUUGGACACGGCAGUGAGAGAGAAAGGGUAAAGGGUGGCAGAACGGAUAAGUUUUGCCCAUCUUUCGUCAUAAAAGAGGUGCCGCAAAAUGAAUUAAAAGUCACAGACAACCAUAAACUCUCCCCAGUAAUGAAUGACAGUUCCAGCUCUGUCCCAGUAAGGAGGCGAAACCAAAAAAACAAGCAUCAACGGAGUGAGGCAAAUGCUUUCGAUUUUAAAAAUUUCUCUGAAACAGUUGAAAACAUUUUCCCCGAAUCUUUUACCCAAGGACAGAAAUGUUCCAUAUCCACCUCCAAUGUGGCACCUCAAUCAGCCUCCAAUUCUCCCAGCCACAUUGUGACCGGAGGCUCCUCUCCCGCUAUUACCGACCGUCACCUAUGGACCUCCUCUGACAGCUUCAUUUGUGAAGACUUUACAUUAUACGAUGGAAAACACAAGAAUGCACUCAACAAUGUCUUAUUGGAACCACCAAGGUCAUAUUCGCAGGUUCUGCUUCAAACCAUCAGCAACACACAGGACGAUUUCUUCGACCCUGAAGACGCGGUCGACGACGGGGACGACCAGUUGAGUGAGAACUUUGUACCUGAUAGCAACCUUGAGGCACCGACCCCUGAAGCGUGUGCCAUCAGCAAUGAUUCACUUUACGUAAUACAUGACAAUUAUGGGGGUAAUGUGUUUACAGAUGAAAGAAAAUCCAUGGAAAACGCUUACCGUACUUCACCUCACUCGCCCAGGUCCACAGCUUACAGUGUAUUUGAUGGAGAGGAUCCUCACGUAGUCGGUGACGACUAUCAAGGCUCGGCUGCUACUCUACGAUUGACAGACGACGCGCGACGUGGACACUGGAUCACAUUCGAUGGAUCUACAGAACACUUAAACUUUAAUUCAGAUGAUACCUAUGAGUUUAUUUCUGCAGACAACUCCACACAAGAAUUACAAGGGGAAAUUCCUCCUAUCAGCCAGGCUUUGGGAAUGUACACGGCAUCGCCACCGUCGACAGAUGAACAGGACAAGAGCAUCUUGAACCCUAUGCAUCACAACGCGAUGCAUGCAUCGGACAACUACAGAGGCAGGCUGAUACGGACAUACUCACAGCGUGGCCGUCGAGCCAGUAAACGUGUCAUUAAUUCUGUGAGUCGUCGCAUCAACACUGCGGAAUACAGCAAGCUAAGAGAACCUGUUGCUCCUAUGUACUCCAGAGCGGUGCUCACCAUGAACAGCGGACCCGGGUUGUUUGAACCAGGUCCUCCGAAGUCGGUAUGUAGAGAACGGGAGGACGGGAUGGAAGCAGAGGUUAAGGAAACACCAUUUAUGACCUCUGUCACAUCCCCAGACAAAGCAACAUCGAGAUUAUUCCUUGAACCAAACUUGCCUGAAAGAGUCGGUUCUCUACGAGUCCCGCGGCUCUCUUCAGUGCUAGUCCGUCGUUCAGUGUCUCUUAAUGUACCAAAAGUAGAACGAGAAGUUCCCUUCCAGAGACUGCCAGAUAGGCGGUCUGGUUCCUUCAGAAAAGCAAUAUCUGGGCUGGGUGCUUUGGCCCGGAGCUUCAGGCGAAAAUCUGGCAGUGAGCUAGAACCUGUGGCAGCUAGUGAGAGCAGCACGAAGACCCCCAGACAAUCUGUGUGUCGCAGAGGCAGCUUUAAUUCAGCAUCCAACAGACAGACUCCCAAGGCCCCGAGGCUGCCGCGACGGGCCACCAGCCACAAGCAAGUGACGGCCGUAGUAUACCUGUGACCCAACUGGCCCUCGAGUCUCACCUCGCAUUAGGUUUACCUCUGCUGUAGUAACAUCUUAGCAACAAUGAUUGCCAGAUUUUUUUCUUUUAAACUUAAACUGUAAUUAAAAAAAUGCUGAAGUCAAGUUCUCUCAAAAAUAUACUAAAUCUACUGAACUUCCCCAGAGUGAGGCCUUGUUCAACAACCUCAGCCAGCAGGUGUGUUGCUCCUACAGACGAGUUAUGUAACACUGUAGCCUGUAGUUGUCUUAGGACGAAUUAUAGAAAACUCACAUAAAAUACUAGAGGAUAAUAUUCUCUUUGUACCACCAUGGAUCAGUUUCGUGGAUGCAUCUGCUUGUAUCUGAAGAUACUGUAUCUCACUGAGCUUCAUAUGUGGUGUAUGUUGUAAGUUAUGCCUGCAGCGUCAUUAUAUAAGGUGGUUGCUGGCAAUGCUAUUUAAAGUUAAAUUCCUCCAUAACAGGUGGUGCAAGAACUCUUUGAAUAAACCAAUUUGAUUCAAGUCAUAGGGAUGAAUGCCUACAUACCAUCAAGACUGCAAUGAAAUUUUAUCACGACUAGUUGUAUAUUAUCAUCUCCACCUACAGGAGCAAAAACAAUGUGAGAUUAUCUCAGAAUCCUAAACCUGUAUCUUUAGUACAGUACUGUACACUCUUGGUAGUGGUUGAUUGCCCUGUGCGUGGUGGAGUGAAUGCCAGUCCAUCUUCACACUGCCGACUCACCACUCAGCAAGGAUAAGAAUGUACAUAAUAACACCUGUUAAUAGUGAGUCACCUUUACAGAUACCAUUAUCCAGCAUGUAACAAAUUUAAUAAAUAAACUGAGUGUCUAGUGUUUCCCUCGCCACUGUAGAUUUAUUUAUUUAUUUGAUAUCGAUAUUUACACUGAGGAGUGAUGGUUAAACUUGUACAGGUGCAAGUAGUUGUUACGACAUCUCGCAUUCCCACUACUUGUCAGCUACGACCUUCAUUGUCCAGUGUUAGUGCAGGAGGAAACCGAAUUCACUGAAUAAGACCCUUCUCACGACUGAUCCGAGUCGUGAACUACAAAUAGUAAAGCAAAUGUGUUACAUAUCUUCCAAAAGUAAACUGAAUUGAUAUGAAAAUCAUAACUUUACCUAGUCGUAAUUAGCAGCAAAA